CCUCAGGAAAGUGAAUGAACUGUGAGGCUCUUUCCACCAAUGCCUCGGUUACAUUGGCAACGCAGCGGCUCAUGGAGGCUUGACUAAUGCCAAUAGCAUCCCCCAUGCGAGUCUGGAAGGAGCCAGAGGUAUAGAAACCCAAUGCAGCAAGGAUCUGUGUCUCUGGACUGAUGGCCCUGGACCGCUGUGUAGGGCGAGAGAGACUGGCUCCCAGCAGAUCCACCAGGUAGUAAAUGAACUGUCGGGGAAAGCCAUAUGUGGAUACUAGAUACUCAUCUGUGACAUCCUCCAGCUUGAAGCGAUCCAAAGUUCUGUGUCCGCGGCCAUACAGCAAGAGGUCGCAGUCAAGAACUGCAAUAGGAAGCUGAAGGAGGACUUCAUCCCUACGCCUGUGCUAUAUUUCAGAUUGUCAGAUGCAAUGGACACUGAUCUCAGUUCCCAGGACAGGAAGGACCUGGACAAGUUCAUCAAAUUUUUUGCUUUAAAGACGGUACAAGUGAUUGUCCAGGCCCGACUUGGAGAGAAAAUCUGUACUCGAUCAUCAUCCUCCCCAACAGGCUCUGACUGGUUCAAUUUGGCAAUUAAAGAUAUACCAGAGGUUACUCAUGAAGCAAAGAAAGCCCUGGCAGGACAACUCCCCGCGGUUGGACGGUCCAUGUGUGUGGAGAUUUCUCUCAAAACCUCAGAGGGGGACUCCAUGGAGCUGGAAAUUUGGUGUCUUGAAAUGAAUGAGAAGUGUGAUAAAGAAAUCAAAGUGUCAUACACCGUAUACAACAGGCUAUCUCUGCUGCUGAAGUCUUUGCUUGCUAUAACCAGGGUAACUCCAGCCUACAGACUCUCAAGGAAACAAGGACAUGAAUAUGUAAUAUUGUACAGGAUAUAUUUUGGUGAAGUGCAACUGAGCGGCUUGGGAGAAGGUUUCCAGACAGUCCGUGUUGGGACAGUGGGUACCCCAGUGGGCACCAUCACUUUGUCUUGUGCUUACAGAAUCAACCUUGCUUUCAUGUCAAACAGGCAGUUUGAGAGGACCCCUCCUAUCAUGGGGAUUAUCAUUGAUCACUUUGUGGACCGUCCCUAUCCCAGCUCUUCACCCAUGCAUCCCUGCAAUUACAGAGCUGGUGAGGACAAUGGUGCAGUAUACCCCUCAGUAGAAGAUUCCCAAGAAGUGUGUACCACAUCUUUUUCCACCUCUCCUCCAUCUCAGUUGAUUGGCCCAGGCAAAGAGGGGGGAGUUCCCCCAGUUCCCAGCCAGCCAGCACAUGGCACUCAAGCUGACCAAGAGAGGAUGUGCACCCCACUGGAUGGAGGCCACUACUCAGCAGCUACUCCUUCUAGUAGCGAGGACACAGAAACAGUAUCAAACAGCAGUGAAGGGAAAUGUGGCUCCCCACAUGACCUUUUGGAGACCAUCUUUAUCCGGAAGGUGGGAGCUUUUGUCAACAAACCCAUUAACCAGGUGACCAUGGCCAACUUAGACAUUCCUUUUGCCAUGUUUGCUCCCAAGAAUGUUGAGCUGGAAGAUAACGACCCCAUGGUCAAUCCUCCUGACUCCCCAGAAACUGCAUCUCCUCUACAAGGCAGCUUACACUCGGAGGGCUCCAGUGGCAGCAGCACAGGGAACACCCAUGAUGACUUUGUUAUGAUUGACUUUAAACCAGCAUUUUCAAAGGAUGACAUUCUUCCAAUGGACCUGGGAACGUUUUACCGUGAGUUCCAGAACCCCCCUCAACUCAGCAGCCUCUCCAUUGACAUUGGAGCUCAGUCCAUGGCAGAGGAUUUGGACUCAUUACCAGAGAAGCUCGCAGUCCAUGAGAAAAAUGUCAAAGAGUUUGAUGCCUUUGUAGAGACCUUGCAGUGAAGCUGUUUCCAGUUCUUCCUUCUCAAGGCAUUCUGGAAAGUGACGUCAAGAAAUAUCUCUGUUGCCCCUGCUCUGCCUUUUGUCUCACUUUGAUUAGUCCCUUCCAUCAAGUGAGCUUCAUUGGAUUGCUCUCUUCAGCAGCAGAUCUGAUUUUCCUCCACUACACCACCACACAGUUCUGGACUGCUUUUUUCUGCUCACAGUUCUGAAUUUAAGACUUCAGUAGAGACACAAGAAGUCAAAACUUCAAUGUAUGAAAUUUGUUCUCUCUUCAGUCUCUGUUCUCUCUGGAGGGGCUUUGUGAAAAGUUGUCAUAUGCUUCCUCCAGAGGUCCUAUGGUGUAAGUUCCCUCGGUGUAGCUUCUUACUAACAGACUCUUUCCUACAGUCUCCAACCCUGUUAGAGCAUGGAAAGCUUUGGCUCAUUUCCAGGGGCUGUGAGUUCAGCAGAUUUAACAGUUUUCACUCCAGGACAUCCAUUCCGCAGAAUGGGGCAUUUCAUCCUGACUUCAGUGUGAGUGCCUGGAGCCAGGGAGAGACGUCAGCGUUGGGACCUGUGUAAUAUAAGUUACCUUUGUUUUACUGCUUCUAAGGAACUGGGCCUCCACUUGUUUUGUGUGAGGCCUUCUGUUAGGCUGGCUGAUAAGCAGGAAUGGAACAAGAGAAGAGCUUUCCACAUUUCCUUCCUGAGCAUACUGACGCUCGGCCGUGCUGAGUUGAGCAGUGUUGACUGUUGGCAAGCCUGCAUGUAGCAGCUGUGAUAAUGCUGAAUUCACAGUCUCUGCUUCUGAAAUACAACUGUAAAUACUAGGAAUCCUAUUUCUUUAGGGUUAUGUUACUAGGAGUCUUUAGUCCAAGAUUCUUUCCUCUAAUCCUUGCAGACCUUUCCUGCUUUAUGGUUAAUAGAUGAUCUUAAGAGUCAAGAAAUAUUUAUUGCUUUUAAAGAAACCUAUAUUUCAAAGAUGUUCUGUUUUCAUGUAGUAGUGCGGGUCAUUCUGCUUUGGAUCACUGCAGACAGCAAGUGUGCCAUGGAACCCUGGCCAGUGAGACUGGUCUCUUCUUGCAGGAAAGUAUCCAAGAUAUUUAUUUUCUAAGACAGACUUGAUUAUUCUAAUAUAAUACUCUGUUUGGGGGACUUUGUGUCCAUUACAUCCAGUCAGGGCCCACUGACAGAAUUAAACGCACACAGGAGUGGGGUGGAAUGGCAGGGAUUUGGUAAAAAGCUGUGUUCUGAUAGGCAUGGAUGAAUUUGCAGUGUUUUCAGCCAUUCAGAAGGCAGCUUCUUGAAAGAAGCACAUUUUGGGGGGGAGCUUAUGGUACUUUUUAAUCAGCUGGCUUUGAUUAGCUGAAAUGUUAUUUUUGUAAUGAUGUGGUUAUCAGCAGUGUGAGUGGCAGUGCUCAAGGGCUCAUUCGGCUGGUGCGUGUCUUUUGCCUGAUGUAAGGAGGGGAGGAGAAACAGUGACACUAAACAGAAACUUAGAUAAGGUAGAUCUCCUUGUGAUUCUCUCUCCUCCUCCUAUGUGUAACUACAGUGAGCAACUGCAGGACCCCUGACUGUCCUAAAACACUUUUUCUUUCUCUGGAAGUGGAGUUGUGUUGCCUCAGGCCUGAGGAGACAUCUUAUUUUCCUUAGAGUGGCUGAGUAACCAGCCUUUUAGUUAGUGCAAUGCAGCAGCUUCUUCGACUUAACUGAAAGAGAUCACAAGCAGCUGACGGGGGAACCCCCUGUAGAACACUAUUCCUGUGCCACUGCUGGAGCAAGGAACCAAGUUCAGAAUGGAGCUUGCUGUAAGGUCAGAGCAACAGAAUGCUUUUAUGUUGAGUGCUGUGUUCAGGGGGAGGCCAUAUGAGCUCUAAAACUCUAGGGGAGAGCUUUACUGAAGGAUAGCUGCCCACCAGAACUUCUUCAGCUUACUCAACCAAAUCAACUUUUCAGCAGCCUCACACAGAAGCUGCUCAGUCCUUGCAAAAUAAGAUGCCCAAACAUUUAAGAAAGCUUCCAAGGUAAACUGUGCACAAGAGGGUUUAAGUUAAAUGGGCUUUAACAAACACUUGAUCCCCACAGCCAGAGCCACCUUGUUUUACAGGUGGAAAGGGUUGCAGAAGGGUGCAGGAGCGUAAGGAACGAAUAGAUCAGCUGGCUCUCACCUCCGCUUAUGAAGCUGGUCUCUGCCACCUUCUAGCUCAGAGAUGUGGUUGCUGUCACCUUCCUCUCAAUGUACAGGCUGUGCUGGGAAGAGUGAUACAAUCUGGGUUGCAAAGCAGCAGCGCUGGGGUGAAGUGCUAAUUCACUCUAUUAAUGAAGAACAGACUAGGUUGAACUUCAUCAAGCCAGUGCUGCUGCUGUCUCCUUCUCACAGAGGCACACUGUGGAGUUGGCAGAAGGCAAGCCAUUCUUGCUGAUCCUGUCCAGAAGGUUCCCAGAACCAAAUACUUCUGCUCAUUGAUGCUGAUGGCUACAGCUCCCACAUCCCAGAAGGCAGAACAUCAGUGUGGCACUUGGGGUUUUUCUACUUCAGAAAGCUGGAAACUUGCCUAUAUGAGCUGCUAGUGUUGAGCUGGAUGGCCACAGCAAUAAAGAGAUUCUCUAGGGCUGAGUUAUGUGCCUCUUUCCUGGACAUUCCUCAGUUUCAACACAUGGUUGCUGCAUCUAGGCUCCCUGACCACUGCACAAAUGCUCUGCUUCAGGAAAGAUCUAGCUGCUGCUGUGGCCUUCCACAGAUUGUGUUAUGAAGGCUGUUUACUUUAGCAGCUGUCUGCUUGAUUCUAUAUUGAGGACAGGAUGGAUGUAGCUGCUGAUUUACAGAUAACUUUGGGUGAAGGGGAAGGCUCCUAAAUUGCAUUGUUUUGGAAACAGUCUCCAAUGUACUUCAAGUAUUCAAAGAAUUUCCAAUAAAACUUUUAUGUAAGCAA